GGAUGGAGGCGACGAACUUGGCUUUAUCUCCACGAGAGACUCACAAAUCUCGACCUGAACAUAAAUCUAUGGACAUAAACAGCAAACCUAAUCAAGUAGGCACAGUUCUCCUAAGUGGCGUCCCAAUCGUCUCCUUAGUGAUUGAGGGGAACGAGCGUCUAUGUCUCGCCCAGAUAUCGAACACGUUAUUAAAGCAGUUCUCAUAUAAUGAGAUUCACAACAGGCGUGUUGCUUUGGGCAUCACGUGUGUACAAUGCACACCAGUGCAGUUGGAGAUUCUGCGUCGGGCAGGGGCUAUGCCUGUGUCUUCUAGGCGAUGUGGUAUGAUAACACGUAGAGAAGCGGAGAGGUUGUGUAAGUCAUUUCUGGGUGACAACGCACCACCUCGGCUUCCAGAUGACUUUGCGUUUGCUGUUCAUCACGAAUGUGCUUGGGGCUGCCGUGGAGCCUUUCUACCUGCUCGAUACAACUCAUCCCGCGCGAAAUGCAUCAAAUGCACCCUAUGUGGUCUUUUCUUCUCGCCGAACAAAUUUAUAUUCCACUCCCACCGGGUGGGGCCGGGCGACAAAUAUGUUCAGCCUGAUGCUGCUAAUUUUAACUCCUGGAGACGGCACAUGAAGCUCAGUGGCAAUCCACCCAUUGAAGUGGUCCACGCGUGGGAGGAUGUCAAGGCUAUGUUUAAUGGUGGAACCAGGAAGAGAAUGCUAUCUGCUGCUAGAAGGUUGCCUAUUCGCAGGCCCGACGAGAGCGAAGCAAAGCGUGUACCAGCGAGUCCACCGAGUGCGCAUACGCCCGUACCGAGAUUGGCAGAUUACGUUUGGGGAGCAAGACUGCCUCUUCCCUAUGCUCUGCCAUGGCUGAAGCCCAGUUUGUGGACACCAGGGGCAUUAACAGCGUUAAGUGGAGUAAGCAGCAUGGAGGAACCUCGCGCCUUCCGUCCCGUCAUCACACAUCGUAUUGACUCUCCACAAAUAUCACCGCUAACAUCAUCCUCGCGUUCACCUAACAGCAGAUCGCCCAUAAACAAAUCGCCGCUUCUUUCCCCGUCACGUUCUCCUCUUCGCUCGCCGCUCCGUUCAUCGCCUGCUCGGUCCCCAAAGAGCGACCGUGACAGCGACGAAAGCGUGGACAUAGAGACCACAGAAGAUGACCACAAUAAGGACGUGCAGUGCACAUGGCCAUGCCGUUCAACCACAGCGCGAGCAGAAUGUUGGAGUGCACUGGUGCCUAAGGUCGAACGCGAAGAGGAACCCUGGCGGCUGCCAGACCUUCGGCCUCCCGUACGCUUCAUGCAUGACCGAGAGCGAGAUGGAUGCGCCGCCUGCGUUGCGCCUCUCCCGUUACUUCCGACCGCACCAACUCACACCCACUAGCAGCUAUAGCCAACAGUAAAAGCAAUAAUUUAAUUCACGCUUAAUUUGUAGAUAAUUAACAUUAAAAUUGUAGAUAAAAUACAUAAACUAGGCCUCAAACAGUUGUCACAUUUAUUUGCAAUUGACACUCGAAUAAGGGCGGAUCUUUAGCGACUGUAGAUGAUUGUAAAAUGCUUAAGAAAAAAGCUCAUGAUUAGUUAGUAGCCGUCUCCACCACUCUCACGUUUUACACAGUUGCUUUAUUUCUUGGUUCCUGUUCUCAGGCAGAUCUAGUAAUCACGUCAGGGACGG